AUGGAAGGCCAAAAAUCUCAGCCCGAAGUGGCAGUUCUGAUGGUACCCUUUCCAGCACAAGGCCAUCUCAAUCAACUCCUCCAUCUCUCUAAUCUCAUUACUUCCUAUGGAUUACCAGUUCACUAUGCUGGAUCCUCCACUCACAAUCGACAAGCGAAACUCCGCCUUCACGGUUGGGACUUGGAGAGUUUGAGUAAGAUCCGUUUCCAUGACUUCGACCUCCCUCCUUACAACACUCCUCCUCCCAAACCAGAUCCUUCCAACCAUUUCCCUACGCACCUUCAACCGCUUUUUGAAGUUUCUUUGCAUCUCCGUCAACCUGUUUCCCAACUCUUACAACAACUGUCAAGUGAGUUGAAGAGAGUCAUCGUUAUUCAUGAUUGCCUAAUGGCUGCUGUGGUCCAAGAUGUAAAAAACAUCCCAAACGCUGAACCAUAUGCUUUCGUUCCUAUAUCUGCUUUUACAUCUUUCUUCAAUUCCUGGGAAAAAAUGCCACAGAAACCUUUUACAUUGGAUUUACAUGUCACAAAAGGCAUCCCUUCCACGGAUGGGUGCUCAACUCCUAGGGUAACAAGCUUUAUAGUCAACCAACGAGAACUUUUGGGGUUCGAGUCUGGAAGGCUCUACAACACAUCAAGGGUGAUAGAAGGUGAAUAUGUUGAAUUGUUGAAGAAGCUGCCAAGAAAAUAUGGAAUGAAGCACUUCGCAGUUGGACCUUUGAAUCCAAUGGAAAUAGAAAGAAAAACUGAGAAUCAUAAACAUGUGUGCCUGGAAUGGCUAGACAAACAAGAGACUAAUUCGGUGAUAUACAUCUCCUUUGGAUCUACAACCUCAAUGACAGAUGAGCAGAUCACAGAAUUGGCAUUAGGAUUGGAAAGAAGUAAGCAAAAGUUUAUAUGGGUGCUUAGAAGGGCUGAUACAGGUGAUAUUUUUAAUGGUGCUCAAGUAAAAGAGCUACAGCUGCCAAAAGGGUACAAAGAGAGAGUGGAAAGCAGAGGAAUUGUGGUAAGAGACUGGGCACCUCAGAUAGAAAUUCUGGGACAUCCAUCUACAGCUGGGUUCGUCAGUCAUUGCGGGUGGAACUCAUGCCUAGAAAGUAUCAGCAUGGGAGUGCCGAUGGCAGCAUGGCCUAUGCAUUCCGACCAACCAAGGAACGCAGUUUUGGUGACAGAGGUGCUAAGAAUGGGUACGCUAGUGAGGGAUUGGGAACACCGUGCUGAGCUGGUGGCAUCAACUACUAUAGAGUAUGUUGUAAGAAUAUUGAUGGUGUCUGAGGAAGGAAAGGAAAUGCGGAAAAGGGCAGCAGAGCUAGGUGAUGCGGUUCGAGCAUCAGUUGUCAACGGAGGUGCUUCUCACUUAGAAAUGGAUUCUUUCAUUUCUCAUAUCACCAGAUGA